CGACGGCAGCGCACGUAUCAAGUGCGCCGCCUCCAACUCCCCCACCCCGAUCCUCCUCGGCUCAUCCCCUCCCUGAGUCCCUGUUCCCCUUCUCCUUCUCUCCUCCCCUCCUUGCUAGGGUUCUUGCUAGGUUAAAUCCCACGCCAGGUUAAAAAAAAAGGUUAAAUCCCACGCUCCUGUGCUAGAUCCGCUAGGAGCCGGCUGAAGCGGUUCCGUUCCGCCCUUGCUCUCCGAAAUCCAACUCCUCCUCCCCCGUCCGGGAAGCGAAGGCCGCAGUCCCUCUCCUCCCUCCUCCCCUGCUGUCCUCGGUGUCCGGCGCACACCACGGCCGGCGCAGGGAUGCAGAACCCCGCCACGCCCACCCCGGCGGCGGCCCCGUCCAAGGGCAAGUCGGCGGCGCAGAAUCCUAGCGAGCACCACGCCGCGACGACCGCCCCGUCGGGGACGCCGUCCAAGGGCAAGUCGGCGGCGGCUCAGGCCGCGGCCGCGGGCCAGGGCUCCUCCUCGCAUCACCACUCCGCUGCCGGCGCCGACGCGUCCGCCCCCACCCUCAAGCGCAAGCGCGGCGUCUUCCAGAAAGACCUGCAGCACAUGAUGUAUGGAUUUGGGGACGAUCCUAAUCCACUUCCAGAAACUGUUGCUCUUGUGGAGGACAUUGUUGUGGAAUAUGUCACUGACCUGGUGCACAAGGCACAGAAUGUUGCAUCAAAGAGGGGGAAGCUCCUGACAGAGGAUUUUCUUUACCUUAUACGCAAGGAUUUACGGAAACUGCACCGUGCUACUGAACUACUCUCCAUGAAUGAAGAGCUCAAGCAAGCAAGGAAAGCUUUUGAUGUGGAUGAAGAGACGCUGGCUACAAAUGCCAUAUGAUAUCUUCACAGAAGCCUUGGAAACCUUCAUACAAUAUGCAUUAGUUUUCCUUUCAGCUGUUUCUGCUGAAAGCGAUUUAUAUAAUGUUGGUUUUUGAGGGCUUUUACCUUGUACUGACCAAACCAUCAUAUCGUUCUUGUUGCCUAAACUAAACAGUUGAUGCGUACUGACGACAAUUCACCUGUGCAUUCCUGGUUUCAAACUUCAGAAAGCACUCCUGGUAUGGUAUUA